UACGACUUUGCGCGGGCUGAAUACGGACGUUUGUGAGUUUCGUGGUGGAAAAAAGUUCUCAUGUUUGUUUCUAUGCCAGUGUAAAAAAAAAGUCACGUUUCAGUUGUGUCUCGACUCUUAUGAGAUUGUGUUGAAGCCGUUUGAAGACACCAAAGGUAACAUCACACUGUGACAGAGGAGCUAAAGUGACCAGUACCUCUUAAGGAUGGGGAGUGAACCAGGCCCAGUUCAGAUCGUCACAGUUUGCAAGGAGGAUCACUCCUUCGCUUUGGACACGGAGGCUUUGGCUCGGGUUCUGUUGGCUCCUGAGGUCCGAGACAAACACGUGGUGGUGCUGUCAGUGGCCGGAGCCUUCAGAAAGGGCAAGAGCUUCCUGCUUGAUUUCAUGCUCCGUUACAUGUACAGAAAGGGUGAUGAAAACUGGCUGGGUCAGGAUGAUGAGCCGCUGACUGGAUUUUCUUGGAGGGGGGGUUCAGAACCAGAGACAACAGGCAUCCAGCUAUGGAGUGAAGUUUUCCCCGUCCAAAAGAAGGAUGGAACAGAGGUGGCAGUAGUGUUGAUGGACACUCAGGGAGCCUUUGAUAACCAGUCCACCGUGAAGGACUGUGCCACCAUCUUUGCCCUCAGCACCAUGACCAGCUCAAUACAGAUCUACAAUCUGUCACAGAACAUACAAGAGGACGAUCUGCAGCAGCUACAGCUGUUCACGGAGUAUGGCCGUCUUGCCAUGGAUGAGCUCUUUCUGAAGCCCUUUCAGUCUUUGAUGUUCCUAAUCAGGGACUGGAGCUUUCCCUAUGAAUAUGACUACGGGUUUAAAGGAGGCAAUGGAUUCCUGGAUAAACGUUUACAGGUAAAGGAGACCCAACAUGAGGAGCUGCAAACAGUGAGGGAGCACAUCCAUUCAUGCUUCACCAAAAUUUCAUGCUUCUUGUUACCUCACCCUGGGUUGAACGUUGCCACCAGCCCUGCUUUUCGGGGACAACUUAGGCAUGUGGGCCUGGAGUUCAGAGAGCAGCUGCAGAGCUUGAUUCCUAAACUGCUGCACCCGGAUCGUCUGGCGGAGAAAGAAAUACAUGGAAACAAAGUCACUUGCCGGGGCCUGCUGGAGUACUUCAAGGCUUACAUCAAGAUUUACCAGGGAGAAGACUUGCCACAGCCAAAGACUAUGCUCAUGGCUACAGCAGAGGCCAAUAACCUGGCAGCCGUGGCAACAGCCAAAGAUCAGUAUUACAAGAACAUGGAGAAGGUGUGUGGGGGAGACUUGCCCUAUGUGUCUCCCGACUCUCUGGAGGAAAAGCAUCACUUUUUCUUCCGAGAGGCUCUUCACAACUUCUCCUCGACCAAGAAGAUGGGCGGACAAGAGUUUUGUGACCGUUACCACGCACAGCUAGAAAAGGAGCUGGGGGAAAUGUGGCAGUCAUUCACCAAGCACAAUGCGUCAAAAAAUCUCUUCAGCGCCUUCCGGACACCUGCAGUGCUGUUUGUCCUGGUGUGCCUCCUCUACGUGCUGUCAGGCGUGUUGCUCUUUGUUGGCUUGUCUACCUUCGCCUUGGUGUGUGAUUGUUCUCUGGGUGUGGUCAUGAUGUCCAUGCUGACGUGGGCCUUCAUCCGCUACUCUGGUCGGUACCGGACUGUUGGAGGAGCCAUCGACCAGGCCGCAGGUGUCGUCCUGGAGCAGGCCACCGUGGUGUUGAACAAGUCGAGAGGUACAAGCACUGGGGACCAGAAGAAAUCCAGUUAGAGGACCUCUGAACCUUCAUGAUCUUGAUGCAAUGCAACCAGAGCACAACACAAGCGCACACAUUCAGCACUAAAGCCUUAUCAUGCCACCCAUUGGAACAAACAUGCAGCUAAACUACAUUGGCACAAGGCACAAACAUGAUGCCAAUUCACCAGCAUCUUUAUUAUGCAGGUUACUCUGCCUGUUAAACUCCAAGUUCAUAUAAAGGUGACUGGAUUCACUGAGGCAGGGAGUUAAACCAUCCCAAUCCCUCAUACUUCAUGUCUUAAAUUGACACUGCCAUCAUUUUACAAGUUUACAACUGGUCUUAAUAGACAAGUCGAUGUUUCCCUUUAAACUUAUAAAACACUUACAUUUUCUAUUUCAGCUGAAUGCAUCUUACUUGGCUGUAUAUUGUUCAGAGAGGGGUAGUCGGGGUGUUUUUCAACCAAAGCUUCAGCAGUAUAUCUUUAAAUAAUUACCUUUAAAAAAAAAAAAUGCUGGCUUUAUAGCUUACACGUUUAUACAUAUUUCUGUGUGGCUAUAUUUUUUUACUUUGUGGCCUUAAAAACAUUCCAUUCUGUUUGUGGAUUUGCUUUAUAUUUGAUAUAAACUAGCAUUUCUAAAGGGGGAACUGUCACUACUUUGACUGGAGAACGCACUUUCUAUAAAGCACAGUAGAUUUUGGAGGCUGCAUGUAACGGGACUUCAGGGGAAUCUCAUUUGUUUCAGGUGCUGUGCCGUAUACUUCUUGAUGGAAAUGUGUUACACUUUGUAGAUUUUGAUACAAUAUACUAGACUCUUCUAGAGAAAUUAUAUAUAGAAACUUAUAUUUAACUUAUAUUCAGCAAAACUUUCCAACUCCAAAGAUAAGACAUUGGAAUACUGAAAGGUGUUGAACGCCCAACAUAAUAAAACUAACGACCAGUCAGCCAAAGAGUUACCUUUUAAAUAUUUGAAUUAUACUUUGGGCUUGUACUCUUAUCACUUCAAACCUCAGUAGAUAUGAGAUACUGUAUAAUAUAGUCUGCAGUGUAAACAGGAGGGUUUUAUUCCUUCACAAUUUUAGAAAUGGCAGUGACUACAAUGAACUCAGUGAGAAAAUACUGUUAAACAGUGUUAAACAUACAUGUAACAAAUAACAAGCAGGAUGUUUAAAUAGACAGACAGAAAACACAAGUAUUGAGCAGUAGAAACCUAUAGAAAACGUGACUGUCCCCCUGUUUGAACAUACAUCUCAAUUUUCAGAAGAUUGUAGCACUUGGACAGAUUCUGAUCAGAUUUGGUCGUUGUCAAACAUCCUUAACAUGUUAGUAUGUUUGCACCUCAAAAAUUAUUUCCUGACGUAAUGCUUUUAGCAACCAUUUGUAGCCUGUGCUAUCAGCUCCGCUGUGAGAAAACACUGUGAUGCAGUUUAUAGAGUUCACAUCUGUGAUCUGGCUGCAGCUACAUGGGAUAUUUCAACUAUUUCACUGUUAUUCAUUCUCCAUAAAGGUUUUAAGCUACAAUGUGAUCUGAAGUAAACUGUAUAAGAAAACUUUGUCAAUGUAAAACUUCUUUUUAUAUAUGACAAACAUUUUGUUUUUGGUAAAAUAAUCACUACUAUCAGCUCGAAGCCACUGCGUGUUUGGGUCAGAGCUUUGCUUCACGUGACACAUAAUGAAACCAUAUUACAGAAAAGGACAAAUAAUACAUUUGGGCUGGCUUGUUUCUUUGCUCCUCGUUUACUUGCAGAAAUUUAACCAAGUAGCUGUGUUUUUCAAAAAAUCUGUCAUACAGGGAAUUAAAAAGGUGGACUACACAGUGGAUUUAUAAGACCUUAGUUUUCCUUUGUGGGGCAACGCGGAGCUUCUCAGGCCAACUCAGAAUGAAUCAGGCAUUGGAUUAAAGGACUCUGAUUAUUUGCAACCAUGCACCGAAAACAUGGGGUUGGAGAAGUGGAAUGGCAAACAUUUCAUUUUGUAAAAUAAGCUUUUUAAGUGCCACAAGAUUGUGUGACCUGAGAGCGAAAGUAGUAUCCUGUAGUCUGUACGGAUUUUUACAUUGUGCACUUCAACCACUAACCAUAUAUUCCAUGAUACUGUUGGUAUAAGUCUUAAGAAUACAGGGCCAAAAAAGAAAUGUGGAAUUAUGGAGGAUGAGAGACUUUCUCAUUCCACGAUUUUUGACCAUCACUUUGCACAUACCAUGUCUGUACCGUUCCACAAGAGGAGGAAACUUUUACAAGAUUUACAAGCACGUACUAUUGCACUUCCCCUCCUCUUUGGUGCUUUUUGCACACAGCUCAUUCCAAAACUGAAUAAAUGCAUGCAAUACUGUAGUAGCGGCUAAUGUAAUCAUCUCUUGUGGAGCUAUGUUGGCCUUGACUUGAGAAAUGCUGUUUUAUAAAGAAUAAACAAAGCUUGAAACUGUUAA